AUGUGGAAAAUUUCGGUGUCUCUUAUGUUCAAUAAUUACUCGAAAAUUUCCUCGCCCAUGAUAAAACUAAAUUUCCAAUCAACUGCGCAAAGAUCGAUCGUCUCGACUCCAUUACAUCGUCACCAUUUCAAAUCAAUUAUAAGAUCCAUAAUUUCAACUCGAUUGCAUCGUCACAAAUAUACCACAACUUCUGAUGAUGACUCAUCUCUAUUAUCUUCACCAUCCAGCGAUGACACCACAAUCUCAACUCGUCAAAAACGAAUUGCACGACUCUUAUACCAAUCACGUAAACGAGGAAUCCUAGAAACUGAUUUAUUAUUAUCGACAUUCGCAUCUGCACAUCUUUCAUCGUUGAAUGACAAACAGUUAGACGAAUAUGAGUCGUUGGUGACGAUACCUGACUGGGAUAUUUAUUAUUUGGCUACUGGUAAAAAAAUGGUUGAUCAAGUUGAGGUCAUUCGUUCUGGUAUUAUACGAUUGAAUCCUAGUAGUAAUAAAGAUGAUGACGUCAAUGAGAAUAUAGAAUUAUGGAGGAAUAGUGAAAUUUUGACAAUGCUACGUGAUCAUGUAAAGAAUAGAAUUUCUGUUGUUGAGAAUGAUAAGGAAAGAAAAAAGGCGGGUGUAUUGAGGAUGCCGGAUUUAAAGUUCGAUUAG